AUGCGAGGGUGCCAAGCCGAGCAGGCCGACGACACAAGGAGAGAAUCGGAUGGCAAGCGAAAACUUUCAUUGGCGCCAAGCUGCAGCGGCUGUCACAUUUCGAACGCAAACCACAAAACGAGUGCCUGCGAGAGCAACGUUGAAGCAGCUUUCACGCUAACGUGCAAACACCAGAAACCGGAGUCGCGCAAAGGACAUGAUCGCACCUGCUCGACGCUGCUUGUCCACCACCAUCCUAACUUCAGAUACGGUCCCAUCAUGACGCUUCAAGACAAGGCGUCCGAAUUCUUCGCCGGCCUCGCCGGUAAAUCCACCCACUCCAAGCUCGGCUUCAAGCUGCUCCCCUCGGACCCGGUGCUCGACACCUUCCGCAAGCUGGGCUACAAGGUGGUAGAGUACGAUGUGCCUCCCUAUCCGCUCCAGACUGCGGGCAUCAUGUCCAUCCGAAUGCUCUCCUUCCUCAUCGGCUCUACCAUCGCAGCCUACUUUAUGUACCACAACAUCGCCAUCAAGUCGCAGGUGGGCAAGUGGUUCUCCAUCCUCAGUCUCAUCGCCUCGCUUCUCGCCUGGCCCAUGGUCACCGGCCGAUCCGGCGUCAUGCUUCUCGACUUUUGGCGCCCCGCCCUCGGUUUCCGCACGUGUCUGCUCGUCUGGGACAUCUUCCACAUCCGCACCGUCGAAGAGGUCAAGGCGUGGUCAUUUGCGCGCUUCUUUGCUCAGCUCUGGACCUUCCCCAAGGAGCUCGACGAGAUCGCCGAACGCACCGCCGAAGAGGGCUACGAGAGGAACGCCAGGAUCGAGAACCUCAAGGGCAUGCCCAAGGUGGCCGUCGAGGCCAUCGCCAUGUUUGGUGCGCUCUACUUUAUCCCUCCGUACGAGCUGACGCGCAACAUGAGCCAGCUCGCGUACCACUGCUACUGCGACGCUCUCGGCGUCUGCAUCCUCAUGGCGCUUGCCCUCUUCGGCGACGGUCUGCUCAAGGCGUUCGGUAUCCUCAUCAAUGUCGAGAUGGCCGACAUGUUUGAGAACCCGCUCGGCACCACCAACAUCCGCCUCUUCUGGAGUCACUGGAACCGUGCCAUCGCCACCGUGCUCCACCGUGUAGUGUUCGGCGGCGGAAAGAGCAAGACGUCGCUGCGAAAGAAGAAGGCUGCUGCUCAGGCCGCGGUUGCCAGGCGUUCCCACAUGGACGGCCUCUCGGAGACCGACGCCGGCCACACUUCGGGCGAAGACGAUCACGCUCACUCCAACGGAGGUCGCAAGCGCAACACUUCGGGCCUCAAGCCUCUCUCGUCCGUCAACGGCGGUGAUGCCGAGCUGCGAAAGCGCAAGAACGCUAAAGAGCCCGCUGGCAAGGCUAACGGCAACGCCCGCGGUGGUGCACCUCCCGCCAAAAAGUCAUCCUUCUUCCCCAAGGCCGUCGCUGCCAUCGUCACGUUUGCCAUGAGCGGCAUCUUCCACGAGCACAUCACCUACUGGACGCUUGGAUUCGCCAACGGUGAAAACUUCCUCUUCUUCAUCGCCAACGGUUUCGCCACGGUGAUCUCCACCUGGUUCAAGCGUACCUACCCGCACCUCAACGAAAAGAUCCCGACGUGGGCGUCGGUGUUGAUGCUGCACGCGUUCUUCUUGGCGGUGAUCCCGCUGUUCUGCUCUCCCUUCAUUAGGUCUGGGUUCUUUGUCCAGCUCGAGGCGCUUAGGUACGAGCUCAUGCCGAUCAGGGAUCGACCUCGUGGAAGCUUUGUCUACCUUUUCGCUGUGUGUGCGACUGCAAGGCAGGAGGUUCGUGAGCUCCGAGUAGAGCGUAAAGGAGAUCGGGAUAAAUGUAAGAUCGGGUAG